AUGCAUGAGAAGAAGCUGAGAACAACGAAACUGUUGUAUAUCAACAGAUACUUUUACCUAGCUGAGACUAAAUCAGAACAACAGUCAACCAGAAGAAAGAAAGAAACGAAGACAAGUGUGACAGCAUCUCCAGCUACUCCCUCUGGUGUCCAGAUUCUGUCCAUCACUACCAACAGUGUUGAGGUAAAAGUUACCCUGUCAGCUGGUAGGUAUGAUGGGCUUCGUGUGCAGCUGUAUAGAGGACAAGGAUCAACCCCCGUGUCAUCAUGGAUAAAGAAUGUUACUGCAGAGACAGUUAAUAAUGGAGACCAGAAAACCAUCACUGUGUCUGGUUUGUCCCCCUCUCUGACACCAGGAGUACAGUACACUGUCAGAGUGUCCACCAGGUCAAGGACCAUGUUCAGUGGCCUUAGCAACAGGAGUAAUCUAAAAACUCUAGCUCCAGCUACUCCCUCUGGUGUCCAGAUUCUGUCCAUCACUACCAGCAGUGUUACGGUGAAAGUUACCCUAUCAGCUGGUAAAUAUAACGGGCUUCGUGUGCGGAUGUAUAGAGGAUCAACCCAAGUGUCAUCAUGGAUAAAAGAUGUUACUGCAGAGAGGGUUAAUAAUGGAACGAUUAGAACCAUCACUGUGUCUAAUUUGUCUCCAGCUCUAACACCAGGAGCAGAGUACACUGUCAGAGUGUCCACCAGAUCGGGGUCCAAGUUCAGUGGCCUUAGUGACUGGAGUAAUCUAAAAACUGUAGCCCCGUCAAAGCCCACACUAAUCAGUGUUGAAGAGGCACCCUCUGGUGGUAUCCAGGUCAAAUGGCAAUCCGGUGGGGGUCUGCUUAACAAGUAUAUUCUGACAGUCAAACCUUCAGGAGGCACUGAAUUCACUGAGGAGAAGACAGUAUCCGGUAACCCUCCUGGGCAACAGAAUGUGCAAGUGUCACGGGCAUCGGACAAAGGACAAACCUAUACUGUGACAGUCACAGCCAAGUCCAAUGGUGUCCCGUCUCUCAGUUCUGAAGCAAAGUCAGUCACAUUAGCUCCAGCUACUCCCUCUGGUGUCCAGAUUCUGUCCAUCACUACCAGCAGUGUUACGGUGAAAGUUACCCUAUCAGCUGGUAAAUAUAACGGGCUUCGUGUGCGGCUGUAUAGAGGAUCAACCCAAGUGUCAUCAUGGAUAAAAGAUGUUACUGCAGAGAGGGUUAAUAAUGGAACGAUUAGAACCAUCACUGUGUCUAAUUUGUCUCCAGCUCUAACACCAGGAGCAGAGUACACUGUCAAAGUGUCCACCAGAUCGGGGUCCAAGUUCAGUGGCCUUAGUGACUGGAGUAAUCUAAAAACUGUAGGUGAGAACAUAUGGUUUAUCUGAGAAAUUCGUAAAACAUAUGUCAUGUAUGUUGCCGAAAAUAACAAAUGAAGCCGCUAAUUAAAUAUA